GAUUUGGAACAGCAUUUUAUCCCAUUGAUAAGGCGCCUCGCAACCGGGGAGUGGUUUACAAGUCGUACUUCUGCAUGCGGACUUAUUAGUGUGGUAUAUUCUCGGGCUACUCCGAUAUUCCGCCAAGAGCUUCGACAAAUUUUUAAGCAACUAUUUUCCGACGAGACUCCUAUGCUUCGCCGGGCAGCAGCAAGUAGGAUCGGAGAACUUGUCAGGGUUGUUGAGCUGGAUGCUAUUCGUGCAGAUCUCCUUCCUCUCUUGCCCCAAAUCGCUCAAGAUGAUCAUGAUUCCGUUCGCUUGCUGGCCAUGAAUGCGUGUGUUGAAUUCGCCAGAGUUCUUCCGCCAGAUGAUACUUUAAAGCACGUCAUUCCUCUAAUCCGAGGUGGAGCUGAAGACAAAUCUUGGCGUGUGCGCUAUCAGUUGGCAGACCACUUGACGGAAAUGCAAGCAGCUGUUGGUCCCCAGGUCACAGGACAGCAUUUAGUCGAAGUGUACCAGAUUCUCCUAAAAGAUCUUGAAGGAGAAGUGCGAGCUGCAGCAGCAAGUCAAUUAAAAACUUUUACGACUAGUCUUUCUCCGGAGUCCAGAGAACAAGUAAUAAUGGAAAUAAUCCUCCCCAUUAUUCGAGAAAUGGUUGCCGAGACCAAUUUGCAAGUUAAGACUGCUUUAGCUGGCGUUAUGAUGGCUCUUGCUCCUCUUCUUGGAAAAGCAAACACCAUGGAUCACCUCUUGCCUCUUUUCCUUGUACAAUUAAAAGAUGAAAAUCCUGAUGUAAGUAUUACAAAUUCGGCCUACAUUCUUUCCCUCAUGCAAAAUAUUUGUGUUAGAUUAACUAAAUUAGUAUAG